CAGGAUUACCUCGUCAACAACAACAAAAAAAAUCUAACAGCUGCUAAUAUGGCGGUUGUCAAUAAAAUAAUAACAAUAAUAAUUAAACCCGCACCUGCGGUGAUAUAAAACAUAUCUAACAAACCUGUACCUCAAGUGCUGAAGCGAACGCUGAUGAACCACGAUGCCUCAGAAGAUCCUGAAGAGUCCUCAUUACAUAGAACUGGGCAGUUAUCAGUACUGGCCGGUUCUGGUGCCCAGAGGGAUCCGACUUUACACUUACGAGCAGAUCCCCGUGUUCCUGAAGGAGAACCCGUACAUCACAGAUGGUUACCGAGCACAUCUGCCUUCUCGCUUAUGCCUGAAAAGUAUAUUCGUUCUGUCUAAUGAGACGGUGAACAUCUGGAGCCAUCUCCUAGGCUUCGUGCUGUUCUUCUUGUUGGGGGUGAACGACAUGUCCACAGUGUUACCGGCUGCAGGAGCUUCCCGAGAGGAUUACGUCAUCUACUCAAUAGGGCUCUUCUGCUUUCAGGUGUGUAUGCUGUGCUCGGUGGGAUAUCACUUAUUCUGCUGCCAUCGCUCGGAGAAGACGAGCCGCCGCUGGCUGGCCCUGGACUACGCCGGGAUCUCGGUGGGAAUUCUGGGAUGCUACGUCCCGGGAGUGUUCUACGCCUUCUACUGCGACGGGUUUUGGAGGCAGGUGUACCUGAUCACGAUUCUGGCUCUGAUCCUGUCCGUGUUCUCGGCUCAGAUCCACCCUCUGUACCACACUCAGGAGUGGAAGAUGCUGCGCUCGGUCAUUUUCUGCUCCGUGGCGGCGUAUGGCAUCGUCCCCGCCUGCCACUGGGUGUGGCUUAACGGAGGCUUCCGCUCUGAGAUCGUUCAGCUGUUUUUCCCACGUGUCAUGGUCCUGUAUCUGAUCGCUGCCUCAGCCUUCCUCUUCUACAUCAGUAAAGUGCCUGAGCGCUACUUCCCAGGGCAGCUGAACUACCUCGGGGCCAGUCACCAGCUCUGGCACGUUCUGGUGGUCAUGAUGUUCUACUGGUGGCACCAGACGGCCGUCUACAUCACACAUUACAGGCACAGCAAGCCCUGUCCGAGCUACAGCUAGAUCCUCUCUCGCCGUAGACACCAGGUGCUUCAUCACCUCUCCUGCUCAAGGACCGAACAAGAUUGUGAAUUUUUUUUUUUCUCAGCUUGAACGUAACAAUCACCCGGGAAGCCUGGUUUUCUGUAUUUUUGAUUCCUUCCAGCUAAAGCUUUAUAGAACUAAAGCAGACCCGGGAAAGGGGUGUGGCCUAAAUAUUAUGUGUUUAAAAAGCAAAAAAAGCUCCCGUGAAGCAUAAAAUGACAGAAACUAAUCCGGAGAAAAAUGUUGUUUUUGCUUAAAUUAAAUGUAAAAAUUCAGUGGCUCCGUAAGGUCAGUAAUGUCGGAUCAGAAUCGGAUGCUUUUGAGCUUUAAAGACUUGAAUGUGAACGUAAACAAGCCAGUCUACUGUACUUAUCAUGAAUCUGCCUGAAAACACUUGUAACCUGAUAUGAAUGUGAAAUAUAUUAAUAUUAUUGUAAUAUUUUAAUCA